AUGUCGGGGCCAGUGCCGAGUCGGGCCAGGGUCUAUGCAGACGUGAACACUCAGAGACCCCGCGAGUACUGGGACUACGAGUCGCACGUCGUGGAAUGGGGCAACCAAGACGACUACCAGCUCGUGCGGAAACUCGGCCGCGGCAAAUACAGCGAAGUCUUUGAAGCCAUCAACAUCACCAACAAUGAGAAAGUGGUGGUGAAAAUCCUCAAGCCUGUGAAAAAGAAGAAGAUCAAGCGUGAGAUUAAGAUCCUGGAGAAUCUCCGAGGAGGCCCCAAUAUCAUCAGCCUGCUAGACAUCGUGAAGGACCCGGUGUCUCGGACGCCUGCCCUGGUCUUCGAGCAUGUCAACAACACGGACUUCAAGCAAUUGUACCAGACGCUAUCUGAUUUUGACAUACGGUUCUACAUGUACGAAAUCCUAAAGGCGCUGGACUACUGUCACAGCAUGGGGGUCAUGCAUCGAGACGUCAAGCCGCACAACGUCAUGAUUGACCACGAGCACAGAAAGCUGCGCCUGAUCGACUGGGGGCUGGCGGAGUUCUACCACCCCGGCCAGGAGUACAACGUGCGGGUGGCCUCGCGGUACUUCAAGGGACCGGAGCUCUUGGUAGAUUACCAGAUGUACGACUACAGCUUAGACAUGUGGAGUUUAGGCUGCAUGCUGGCCAGCAUGAUCUUCCGGAAAGAGCCCUUCUUCCACGGACACGACAACUACGACCAA